UAGUCUGCGCUGGUUUGCUCACUUCUGAGGCUCAUUUUUGAGAUUUUUGAGCAACGAGCAACGAAAAUGCAGCGCGAAAGCACGGUGUGAAAAAGUAAAUAACAAGCGGUUGAGCGAGCUGCUGAAUCAAAUAAAUGUUAAAUAAAUACAUAAAUAGAGGUCCGGUGAAGCAAGCUGAAUAAUUCCGGCCGUGCGGAAAACGGGAAAGUCGAAAAUUCAACGCUUUCAGUUAGCAUCUCGUUUCCCCCGAUUCGCUCGUGUCUGUGUAUGCGUGUGGGUGCGUGAGUGUAAGUGUGUUUUUUUUUCCUCUUUUGGUGUGUGUGUGUGCCUUUUUUUUUGUACACUGCGCUCUUUUUGGCCAGACGGGCGGAAAAGGAGAAAAACCGAAGAGAGAGCUGCAGGAAAUGAAAAGAAAAUGUGAAAAGUUAAGCAGUUAAUUAAGCAGCACCCAGUACGAAGUGGAAACAUAGGAAAAGGAGCAGCAUCAUUAGCAACAACAACAACGGCGGCAGCUGCAGCCAUCAACAACUACAGUCAUGUGCGGGAUAACUGCAUCGCAGCGGGCCUAAAAAAGCUGCAGCCCUAAAUAAUAAUAAUCGACCAAAAAGAAAAACAACGGCGAACAUCAAAUAAAUCAAGAAUCCACAACAACAACAGCAGCCGCAGUACAGUUUUGUAAACAAAGCGUGGCGACGAUUAAUAUCAAAUCGCGCGCUUCCUCACAGUGAUGUAAAUUGUAAAUGUAAAACAAAACAAAAGGAAGAUAAAAAAAAAGUGCUGAAGAAAUGUUUAAGCAAAAUGUUGAUAAUAGCGGUGGCCAAAAAUUACCAUAAAACCAAAACUUCACUAACUUGAGAAAAUCGAUAAGGUAUAUAGAAAAGAAAUCGAUAAAAUACAACAUAAAAUUAUACCCUCUCUGCCAGGGUAUAUAAAUCAACCAAAAAAAAAACGCAGAGGAAAGCCAGAUCGCAAUAGCUUUUGCUUUCUUCUCAGAUUUCCCGCGUGCGUCUGUGUGUGUGUGUGUGUGUGUUUUGUUUUCAUUAGAGCACACACACACGCUCCCGUUGUGUGGGAGUGUGUGUAAUUGCAAUGCUAAACGGUAAAUAAACGGAAAGAGCAAUAACAACAAUAACAACAACAACAAAAAAGAGGAGGAGGAGAAACGUGUUUUUGUUUUGUUUGUUUCAUAAAUGUUUGACAUUUUACACUGCAACAAAUAAUGUAUCCAUAAUUCAUAAACGCAAAUAAACGGUAAAGCAAAUUCAACAAAAGACUUAAAACUUGUGUUCAUAAUCUUAAACAAAAACAACAAAAAGUAUUCGACCCCAUAAAAAUAUAUACGGCAAAAUAUAUAUUAUACAAAAUCACAUAAAUAUAAAUAUUAACUGGUACACACGAAAAAAUUUAAUAAAAUAAAAUGCAACAACAACGACACAAAGGAUAACGAAAAGAAUACAAAAUACACAAAAAAACUACUUAAUUUAUAGAAAACAAAAUCACAAGUUACCAAAAUCAGACGUAAAGAUACAUAAAAAAUACAAUUUCAACAAUCUAACCAAAUCGCAUGAACAAAUAACGCAAUAUAUAUAUACAUUUAUAUAUAUUUAUAUAAACACAAGUAUAUAUAUGUCAAGUACAUAUAGACUUAAAUAUAGGAGUAAACCAACCCAAGUAACGAUUCAUUAUUCAGCGCGAAACCAACAAACAUCAGCCCCAUGUAUAGAUUAGAGGAUACGAAUAGCGGCGGCGUUAUGGAUAAGAACAAACAGAAACUAUCCGCCUAUGGGUCCGGCGGGGGCAGCGUCGCCGUCGACGCAGCUCAAGGCAGCGGAAGCGGGGGCGGAAGACAGCGCCACGCCCCCCUCUAUGGACGCUUCGUCGUCGAAGAGGACCUGCCUGCCACACACCGGGAUGUUAUGCACCAUCACUCUAGUCCCUCGUCUUCGUCGGAGGUGCGCGCCAUGCAGGCCCGUAUUCCCACCCACUUUCGGGACCCAUCCUUGGGACCUUUGCGCAAGCUGAGUGUCGAACUGAUAAAAACCUACAAGCACAUCAACGAGGUUUACUAUGCGAAAAAGAAACGCCGUGCCCAGCAGACGCAAGGAGAAGACGACUCGUCCAACAAAAAGGAGCGAAAGCUGUAUAACGAUGGCUAUGACGACGAUAAUCACGACUAUAUAAUCAAGAAUGGCGAAAAGUUUUUGGAUCGCUACGAGAUAGACUCGCUGAUCGGCAAAGGCAGUUUUGGCCAGGUGGUGAAGGCUUACGACCACGAGGAGCAGUGCCACGUGGCGAUCAAGAUAAUUAAAAAUAAGAAACCGUUCCUAAACCAGGCACAGAUCGAGGUUAAGCUACUCGAGAUGAUGAACCGGGCGGAUGCCGAAAACAAAUACUACAUCGUUAAGCUCAAGCGGCACUUUAUGUGGCGCAAUCACCUGUGCCUGGUGUUCGAGCUGCUCUCAUACAACCUGUACGAUUUGCUGCGGAACACCAACUUCCGGGGCGUUUCGCUGAACCUCACGCGCAAGUUCGCCCAGCAGCUGUGCACCGCACUGCUCUUCCUCAGCACCCCCGAACUGAACAUUAUUCACUGUGAUUUGAAGCCUGAGAACAUCCUGCUGUGUAACCCGAAGCGUUCGGCGAUCAAGAUCGUUGACUUUGGCAGCUCCUGUCAGCUGGGACAGCGGAUCUACCACUACAUCCAGUCGCGCUUUUACCGCUCGCCGGAGGUGCUUCUGGGCAUCCAAUAUGACCUGGCCAUCGACAUGUGGUCCCUGGGCUGCAUCCUAGUCGAGAUGCACACCGGCGAGCCGCUCUUCUCCGGCUGCAACGAGGUUGAUCAGAUGAACAAGAUCGUCGAGGUGCUGGGCAUGCCGCCGAAAUAUCUACUCGACCAGGCGCACAAGACCCGCAAAUUCUUUGAUAAGAUCGUGGCCGAUGGCUCCUAUGUGCUUAAGAAGAAUCAGAACGGGAGGAAGUACAAGCCGCCGGGAUCCCGCAAGCUGCACGACAUCCUUGGCGUGGAAACAGGCGGUCCGGGGGGCAGGCGUCUCGAUGAGCCGGGUCACUCCGUCUCGGACUAUCUAAAGUUCAAGGAUCUGAUCCUGCGCAUGCUCGACUUUGACCCCAAGACACGGGUCACGCCCUAUUAUGCCCUGCAGCACAAUUUCUUUAAGCGCACGGCCGAUGAGGCGACCAACACGAGCGGCGCGGGCGCCACAGCGAACGCAGGAGCCGGUGGCUCCGGAUCCAGCGGAGCAGGAGGAUCCAGUGGCGGAGGCGGUGGUGGCCUGGGAACGAGCAGCAGCAGUAGCGGUGCGGUCUCCUCAUCCAGUGCAGCGGCACCGACGGCGGCGACAGCAGCGGCCACGGCCGCCGGAUCAUCCGGCUCGGGGUCGGGUGUCGGCGGCGGAUCCUCCGCAGCGCAGCAACAGCAGGCGAUGCCACUGCCCUUGCCCCUGCCGCUGCCACUGCCGUUGCCACCACUCGCGGGUCCUGGCGGUGCUUCAGAUGCCCAGUGUCACGCAGAUGAUCGCCGAUGACCGGCAACAGCAGCAGCAGCAGCAGCCACAUCUGCGGCAGCAACAGCAGCAGCAGCAACAUCAUCAACUGCAGCGGCAACUUCAAGGAUGCCACAACAGUAACCAGUAACCAGCAACCAGCAACACGCAAUAUGCAACGUGCAACGAGCAACAUUAGAAGCGGCUGCAUCACUUGCAGUCCGGUGAUCCGCUGGUCAUGUUAUCUAUCUAAAUAUCCAUUAUCUAACAGAUCCGGCGUUUUGUAAAUAAACAUUUCACCGUUCAUUCACUGUCUAUCUCUUUCCCGUCUCUCUCCGUCUCUGUCUAUCUCUGUCUCAAACGCCACUAGAAAACACUACAGAUAUUUGUUUUUCCUAUAAGAAAUGAAUGUGGCGCCUUCACUGAUUUCCAUAAAUCAUAAUUUUUUUUUUAGAAUUUAAUAUGUAAUUUGUAUUAUGCUCACGCAUUUUAAGCGCUCGGAUGAAGAUACAAUCGUGUGUUAAGUGUUUGAUGUUUUUUUGUCAACUUAAAUUACGCAGAAAAUGUCUAAGAAUUAAUAACUUAAGUUUAGGCAUUUAGUGUCAUAGAAUUGAACGAAGAGUUUGCGAAUUCAUAAGAGUAAUAAUAAGAGGAAUCCUUAACGACUUUCUUAAUGACUGCCAUACAUAUAUACAUACAUCUUAAUAAACAUACAUAUAUGCAUAAGUAAGUACAGGUACAUUCGAGUAAAACGACACUGAGAGAAAUCAGCGAACAGCAGCAGGGGAUCUUGUAGGAAUACGAAUGUAUAAAUUGUUCCGUGACUGGAAAGAAUUGUUCUCUUUUCCUUAAAUAUUAGAAUGCACUGAUUCUUGUUCAAGUAAUUUGAAUAGAUUUUUAAUUUUUGAUUUUGUAAGUAUUCUACAAAUAUUUUAAACUGAACUAUAGAUUUUUGUGCACCUAAAAUGGUUAAGGGUUUCAUGGAAAUUUGUUACUGAUAUGAGCUCGCCACUUAAGGUGUCAAAAAGUAGGCAAUGAUAUAAGUAUGUUAAUUUCAAUGAUUACAUUUCACAGAACAUAUUUUUAAUUGGGUAAUUACAGUCAUUAUUAUAAGGAACAGAAAGUGAUCUUUCUUAAAACCAUAUUUGUACACAUUCCUCACAGUUUCCGUAAUCGAAAUACACGACCCUGCUGUUUGCAAUUGAAAAACCAGAUUAAGUGCUAAAGACGAAAAUUAAACAUUUGAAAAAGCGAUAAUGGAUCUCAGUGAAAUAUGCGAAAUACGAAACACAAAUCAUAGUUUGUAAAAAGUAUAAAUCCAAAAUGAAAAUCGUAGACAUGUAAAAACGAAACAAAAUUCACUCGAAGAAAAUAAGACGUUUAGUAAACCAAAGUACAUAAACAAGAGUCAAGUAAUUAAAAGUGAACUUAAUGGAAAACCCCCAGUUUGUAACAUAGACAUAAAUACAUCUUUUUUUGUCCCUUAAUUUGGAUCCUUUGCCUUUGCUUAAAGUGGGGUAAAAGCAAAUAAUAAUGGUUAUUUUCAAAUUUUUUUUUUUAAAGAACAUGUGUUUCUAUCAUUUUAUGCAUUAAAAGAGUUUUGGAAACGAAUAGUCAUUAAGGGAUCUGGUUGCAAAACCUUUUCUUAAAACUUAAAAUUAAUGCCGAAUUGUUCACUGUCAAAAAUUCAUUUUUAAUGACUAUAUAAAUAGUAUUUAGCCCCCAUUAAUAAUGCAUUAUGUUUGCUUUUACGAUCACUUCUAUGGUAGUGGUAAAACACUUUAUUGGCAUUAAGGGUUAACUGAACCGAGCUUUCCCGCUCUCUUUCUCAAUCUUUUGGGAAUUUACAGGGAUUUCGUGUAACGAAACCUCGGAGAAGAAGGAGAGCGAGGAAGCAAGCGAUAGCCGCUUUCUUUUGUGAUACAAAACCGCUAAGAAUAUUUAACUUUCUAAAAUCUUAGCCAUGCCUAUAUCUUCAAAAAGUUCGGGCCUUGUUAAAAAUAAAAAAGAAAACAGGUAGAAAUGUUAAAUAACAAAGGUAAUACAAACACACUCUCAGAAAUAAAGCAGCGGUAAAUAUAUAAAUAUAUACAUAACAGUUUUAAUUGGAAUGAUUGAUAAGCGAUAACCGAUAAACAAAAUGCGAUAAGUAUCGAUAGUGCGACAAAUAUGCGAAAUACGAGUAAAAACCAAACACAAAUCAUAGUUUGUAAAAAGUAUAAAGUCGUAGGCAUGUAAAAAUAGCAGAAAAAACAAAGAAUUGGUAAAGAAAUGAAUGCGUUUAGUAAACCACAAAAAGUAAAUAAGAAAACUAAUGAAAUCGUAUAGCAAGCAUAACAAAUUAAAUCAGUACGUACUAAAGAGAAGAACUUUAGCAUUUAAUAAAUUAACAUACAUCUAUAUAUAAACACUUACAAGUAAUUAUGCGGAAAACUCAAUUAAUUUUAUUAGACACAAACCAAAACGCAGACAGACAAACGGAUACGAAAUACAUAUAAAGUAAAUAUUUAUUAAAAUUAGAGGUUAGCCCCAAAAGAAAAUGAUCCUUGAUCCAUGAAUUUAACAGCAACCGGAGAGACACUUAACGAAACUUGUGUAAAAUACUAAAGCCCGAAAAGCGAGUGUUAUAGGUCGAAUAAGAUUAAAAGUCACCAAACCAUACAUGCACACUCGUACACCACAAACACAUAGGAUGGCGAAAAUAUGCAAUAAUGACGAUAACUGCAAUGAUAACGAUAACCAAUUGUUAUUUAAGCAGAGUUGCAUUUUGGAAUGAAAGCGGUAAAGAAAGCAAAAACGAAGUGGGAAAAGUCGGGGAACCAUAAUGCAUUUUUUUUUACAAAACAGUAUUGCAAAAAUAUGAAAAUUCAAAUUUAAACCAAAUUAAAAAAAAAAA